UCUGUGUACUUGUGUCAAAUGUGAAGUGUCAGCUUAGAUCUAUUUAUCCGUGUGAUUAUAAUAAAUGAAAAUCACAAGGGUAAUUUUAUAUUAACAGAAAAUUUGUGAAUAUAGUAUUACUUUAAUGUUCAUAACGAUUUAAACUAUUUAAAUAAAUAAAAUCAUCAAAAAUGGCAGAUCGUCUGACACAGUUACAGGAUACGAUAAACCAACAAGCAGAGCAUUUUUGCAACAGCAUUGGUAUAUUGCAGCAGUUCUCCUCACCUAGUAAAUUCCCUGGUUUUGAUCGUAGCGGAUCGCAAACUCCGCAGCAACAACAGAGUCAAGAAGAUUAUGCAGUGUUAUUCGCAACAUUGAUAUCUCGUUGUGCUAAGGACAUUGACACACUUAUUGAAUCAUUGCCGAGUGAAGAGAGUUCUACAGAACUCCAAGUGCAGAGUCUCAGGCGUUUGGAGGCGGAAAAUAAGGAAGCAGCGGAGCAAUUGGAGGAGGUUGUCCGCCAAGGUGAAAUACUUCUUGAGAAAAUUCAAGGUGCACUCAGUGAUAUAGCUCAGAGUCAACUUGAUAUGCAGAAUCCAGCGUUGAUACUAGAAAAGGAUGUUAAGCCGCAGUUAUAGAACAGAAAAUAUGGUGGUUGGUGCCAUCGGUGAUGAACUAAUAGUGCUAAGUGAAGGCAAAAGAACUGCUAAUAUAAGACAUUAACAAUGCAUCUUUUGCAUAUUUAUUAUUAUAACAUUGUCAUAUGCAACAGUUUUUGUAUUUUAAUAUCAGUGAAAGUAUCUGGAAGUAAAAGUAUUUUUAAUAGAUUACAAAAAUACAGUUCUCCAGUUAUUUAAAAUAAGAUUUUUACUUUAAUAAGUAUUAUUUGUAAAUUUAUUGCAUACAGUAAAAUCUCGAUUAACUGGCCCUUUGUUAUACAGUUCCAUUACUAUCUGGUCUACCAAUUGAUUAAAUGAUUAAACGUAUGAUAUAACAGCAAUUGAGAGAAAGCGGCUUACAUCAGCUGAAUAUUAUCAAAUAUUUUAAUAAAAUUAUACAUAUUCUUUUAUUUCAUAAGAAGUUUUCUGCUUCCCUGUCAAAAAAAUUGGAAUUCAAAUGAGUGAAAUCCACUCCAUGGGAAUUGAUUUUUCACCACAGCAAAAAUUAGCCUAUGUCACUGUCUAGACUUUUUCAUAUCUCCAGACAAAAAUUGUUCCAUGCUCCAUUGCAAUGUGAAAGAAAAAAAA